UAAAAACCACUUUAUGAUUAUAGCACUUAGAGUUACUAUCUAUCGGUUUCAUUACACUUGCUUGUUACUUAAGCUUCCCUCUAUCGCACCUACUCAAUACUUUUAUUUUUUUGUUCUUCCGCCAGGGAGCGCCAACCUAAAUUGGAGAGGAGAUGGAGAGGUCAAACAAAGGCGAUUUCGUAUCUAAGAGGAAGAGGAAGACAGCGACUACGAGUACUAGGGCGAAGAAGAAGAAGCCAAUAUUGGCAUCUUUGUCGUCACUUCCCAACGAUUUGCUAGUGAUGAUCGUGGCACGCGUUCCAAUAUUGUACUAUCGGAAUCUGUCAAUAGUAUCCAAGAGCUUUCGAUCUAUGGUGGCUUCACCUGAGCUUUACAAGGUCAGGUCACUCUUGGGCCUUACGGAGAGCUGUCUCUAUGUAUGCUUGAGGUUCGGGUUGGGUUCUUGUAAGUGGUACACCCUCUCCUCCAAGAGUAGUGGCGGCGGCUAUGUUUUGGGUAGAGUCCCAAUUGCCAAUGAUUCUCCUUGUAAUGUGGGUUUGGGUUUGGGUAAUUCAGAUCUUGUGGCUGUUGGUUCUGAUAUCUACAACAUUGACAAAGCAGAUAAAACCACGCCCACCUCUAGUGUCUCGAUUCUUGAUUGCAAGUCUCACAUGUGGCGUAAGGCUCCCAGCAUCCCAAUGGAGAUAGAGUCACUUUCUGCCAGGGUCCUUGAUCGAAAUAUAUUUGUAUUUGGACGACGCUACCAUCAAGAUGGUUCCUGGAAGGGCUCGCUCCAGGUAUUCAACACAGAUACGCAAACUUGGGAUAUCCCUCGGUGUGUAUUGGACCAAGCCAGUCACACUUUUACUAUUGACGGAAAUCUCCACGCGGUAAAUAUAUUUGGUUGGGUGUUUGCUUUCAAUUCAAAGCAACGUAGAUGGGACCUAGUUGAAAUAUAUCCAAGCGUGGGUGAAAUUACGUAUUCGAAAUCUUACUGCGAGAUUGAUAAUGUUCUCUACUCUGUUUCUAAAGACGGAGCUCUAAGAUGGUAUGACACCGACAAAACAAGGUGGAAAGAUUUGAAGGGUUUGGUAGGACUACCUAAGUUGCCUAAUCCUUUUGCUGGUUAUGGUUUUUAUGUUAAAUUAACGGGUUAUGGUGGUCGAAAGAUGAUGGUUUUCUGGAGUACAUAUUUUAGUAUCCCCUUCUCUCCCAUGGAGACCAUAUAUUGUGCCGAGAUAGCGCUUGAAAGACGCAAUGGAGAUUGUUGGGGGAAACUUGAGUGGUAUGAUGGUGUGCUUUCAGUCCUUGCGGGAACUAAGUUUGUUAAAGUUCUUUCUGUAACGCUUUGAUGAUGAAUGAAUGUGUCUUGACUUUAUUUUGCUAAUUUUUAUUUCAGAUUCUAA